AUGGAUAUGAACAAAGUAGCGGGUAGUAACUCGGGAACAGAGGGGGAAGGAAAAGAAGGAAAGGAUGGCAGCGACCACAGCAGUGAGCGCGAGCAUAGUGAGAAAAGUGAACAGUCUGCGAACAAUGUCUCAUCUGAGGUGACUCAGCAGAAUGGCUCGGAAAAGCAAUCCGCAGGAAGCACGCCAAACGACGUUCCAAACGAUGUUCCAGACGAUGCGGACGACUCGCACGGAAAAAACGAACCAAAGCUGAGCCGCGUGAAAAGCGACACCAUGGACAAAAGUGGACAAGAACCAAAAGCGCAAGGCAACAACCUAUCCACAACUUCCCUAGACGAAAAAAUAAAACAAGAAAAAAACAUUAUUGCAAGUACACUCGAUGAUUUUCCCGUUGAUGAGAAGCCUCCACACAGUGUGCCGGAAGAAAGCCACAAAAAUGGAACAAAAAAAAUAAAAUCCAAAUGUUUUAAACCAAGCGAUAUGUAUAACGACGCAAAGAAAGCAGAAAUAAACUCGAGCAGAAACAAAAAAAUAACAAAAGAAAAUUUAAAAGUAGAUAUGCGGGACUUCUUUGUCACCUCACAGGAGAAGGAUGUCUACGAAUAUAUUCCAGACACGUCCAACUAUACCAUAUGUCACAAUGAAGCAAAUGAAUUGUAUAAAGAUGUAGUCACCAUGAAUAAGCAUUUUUUGGACGAAAUAAAUGUUAACAUAUAUUCGUCCCCUCUGGAUACCUACUUAUCGAGCAUGCUAGCCUCCGUAACGGAGGACUCAAAAGAUAGAGAAGUAAAUCCUCUGUUUCGAGCGAACUCAAAAAGCGAAAAUAACAAUAACAAUUUAUCAGAUGAAAAAAAAAAAAAAAAACAAAGCGACAUCUUGGAUGAAAGUCCCAUGAACAAACCACUAUAUUCUUACGAGUUUUACAAAAAUAAAAUUUUUAAGCAUUAUCAUAAUAACGGUUUAGUUAUCGAAGUAGAUCCUGCAAAAUUAAAAUAUAACAACUCUACCCAGUAUGAAUAUGAUCAAAAUUUGUCAACUAAUUUAGACGACCCUCUGUCUUAUUUGCAAAAAUUAAAAUGCGAAGUGGAAGACACCACUGCUUACAUUAACGAUUUAGCUAAUAGGAAAAGGGAAGCAUAUGAUCCAGAUAAUCCAUACGACAAAUUAAACGAAGAUGUAACAGAGCAUGAACAAAUUUUUAAGAAAAUUAUGCAUAACCGUGAGGCACCCGAAAUACUGCUCGAACUUUUUGCUCUAAAAAAUGACAUUGACGAUAUGAUAAAUGAUGAUAAUUUGAGAACGCUGCUCAAGUCGGAAAAGGCGGAGAAGAAAAUGCAAUCCCAACAGGAGGUUAAUAGUUCUCCUGAGGAUUGUAACGGAGAAGUGGUGAGAGGUAUCCUCGAUCGGCUACAGAACUGGGAUGAUGUUUGCCAGAAAAAAGAACCAAAUGAUGAAAAGGACAGAAGAGAUAUGCAAAGGGACGUACGUGGAGACUCUUUUCCAAAGCAAGUAAACAUCUACACCAUACAAAAUGGGAUGGAAAAGGAAAUUCAGACUGCCCACCUACUAACGCUGGAGAGAAAAAUUGCUGAUAUUGAAAAGGCCUUGGGGAUAGAUAAAAUGGCCAUGCUUCCAUAUGAUGAUCUGAAUCAUGCCAUCCUGGAUUUAUACAAUAAACUAAGCAUGUUAGAUUCCAUCAAAUUAGACAGUGUGAAGAAAAAAAUGCAAAAUUUGCAAUCUGAAUUUUUAAACUUAAAAAAAUUCAAAAAAGAUCUUUUAAACAUUUCUAAAGAUCGAGGAAAUUACGAAGAGUCCAUUGAUGAACUUUUUAAAAUUUUAGACCUCUGGAAGAAGACUCACCAUAUAAUCCCAAACGUACUGGCAAGGCUUCACCAACUGAAACGGGUGCAUGACAACGCGCAGUCCUUCUCUUCCAGGCUAGACGAUUUGGAAAAGCAGCAAAGCAAGCUAGACGACACAAUCAGUCUCGCCGAGCAAAACAUCAAAUUGAUCAAUUCCAAGAUUGACCAAAAUGUACAUUUCCUGCAAGACAAGUUAAGGAAGAUGGAAUCAGAAGGGAUCCCCUUCUCGAAUAACGCGUAA